AUGUCCAUCACCGGCAGACUGAUGGUCGCUGCCAGGCGCGGCCUGUCGCUCAGCGGGGUCCAGCGUACCUGCGCCAGGGCCUACUCCUCGUCCGGUGACUCCGACUCGAUUAAGAAGUCAGUAUUUAUAUCACAGUCCACCGACGUGUUCACCAAUCUGGCACUGGAGCAUUGGCUCUAUCGCAAUUACGACUUCUCCAAGCACCACGUACUGCUACUCUGGCGCAACAACCCAUGCGUGGUGUUUGGCCGCCACCAGAAUCCCUGGCGCGAAUGUAACGUGCCGGCGGCCGAGAAGCGGGACAUCGCCUUAGCACGGCGCAACAGCGGCGGCGGUACCGUCUACCACGAUAAUGGCAAUCUCAAUUUGACGUUCUUCACGCCGCGCGAGCGGUACAACCGGAGGUACAAUCUGAGCAUUAUCACGAAUGCCCUGUUCCGCCAGUGGGGCCUGAAGAGCGUGAUCAACGAGCGCGACGAUAUUCUAGUCAAUGGAGAGUGCAAAAUAUCGGGUACAGCUGCAAAGUUGGGACGACCGACCGCUUAUCAUCAUUGCACGCUUUUAGUUGACGUGAAUAAAGCCUAUCUGAGUUCAGCUCUUGAAAGAAAAGAGAACGACAUUAUUACGAAUGCGACGACUUCGGUAAGCUCUUCAAUAAAGAACCUGUACGACAUCAAUCGGAACGUUCGAAUGGAUAAGAUGAUAUCCGCCAUUGGCUGGGAAUAUCUACGUACGAAAGCGCUCGUUCUGGAAGACGGGAGGUACGAUCUGGUUGAACAACAGAAAGGAUUUCAGUUUGUCAAUCCAACGGAGGAUUGGUUCCCCGGAAUCGACGAAUUCGUCGAGGAAUUCCGUUCCUGGGACUGGAAUUUCGGCAAAACGCCGAAAUUUACGGUCGCUCGUACGCUCGACGUGCCCACGCAGGACGGUAAGACGCACCGUCUGAAUUUGAGUCUGGAAGUUGAGGGUGGUGUUGUACAGGAAAUCCGAAUGAGCCUGCCCAUUGGAUUAGCGUCCACCAAUUUCGGGCAAGAUGCAAGCGUAAUCAGUAAUCUGCGCGGCACGAGGUACAGCCAUGACGUGACGGAGAACAUAAUUGCCGCGAUCGGCGGCAAGACCGUCACGUUGCACACGACUCAAAACGCGGACGAAGCGGUGCGCGACACGGCUACGUUGCAAUGAUUGAACGCUUGGAAGAGUCACCCGAAUUCUCACUUAAUUGUGUUCAAACGAAAAUGAUCAUUGUUAUUGCAUAAAUAUUGUAUUAUAUAAUGUAUGUAUACAUAUGAAACGUAUUUUUAUCUGUA